AUGAUGUCAAUGACAUGCCAUAAUCUUGAGUUUGCAAGAAGAGGGCUUGAAUUUUUAGCUUAUGGGUCCUCUUCCAAUGCCUCUCCUGAGCGAAUCUCUGUAAAAGAUUGUGCAAAGGGUAUGCUUAGGACUGUCAAUGGAGGCUAUAAGGGUCGGAAAUUAUGGUGUUGCCGGCGCGACAUUGGCCCGUGCCGCGUGUUUUCGACAAAUACUCCUGAAAUUUUGCUCAAUGGGGUUGCAGCCGGUCCUCCACCGGUUCUGGAUUUGAAUCACGAGUCGAGAAAGCCGGCUUCACUGAAUAAUUUGCUUGAAGUGGUUGCUGAAGACCUCCAAACACUGAAUAAAAAUCUUCAGUCAAUUGUUGGUGCAGAAAAUCCAGUUCUGAUGUCUGCAGCUGAGCAAAUCUUUGGAGCUGGUGGCAAGAGGAUGAGACCUGCUUUAGUUUUCUUAGUGUCUAGAGCAACCGCAGAGAUCAUUGGCUUGAAGGAGCUCACGAAAGAACAUAGACGUUUAGCUGAGAUUAUUGAGAUGAUCCACACUGCGAGUUUGAUACACGAUGAUGUAUUAGAUGAAAGUGACAUGCGGAGAGGUAAGGAAACUGUCCAUCAAUUAUAUGGCACGAGAGUGGCUGUGCUGGCUGGGGAUUUUAUGUUCGCUCAGUCAUCGUGGUACCUAGCCAAUCUUGAAAAUCUUGAAGUCAUAAAGCUUAUCAGCCAGGUCAUCAAAGACUUUGCAAGUGGUGAAAUAAAGCAGGCAUCUAGUUUGUUCGACUGUGAUGUUCAAUUGGACGAGUAUUUGCUCAAGAGUUACUACAAAACAGCUUCUUUGAUUGCUGCAAGCACAAAAGGAGCCGCCAUUUUCAGUGGCGUCGACAGUGAGAUUAGCGAGCAAAUGUAUCAGUACGGUAAGAAUUUUGGCCUAUCCUUCCAAGUUGUUGACGACAUACUGGAUUUUACUCAAUCCGCGGAAGAUCUGGGGAAACCUUCCGCGAGUGACCUGGCAAGAGGAAAUUUGACUGCACCGGUGAUAUUUGCUCUGGAGAAAGAAACUAAACUGAGGGACAUAAUUGAAUCUGAAUUUUGUGAGUCUGGUUCUCUCGAGGAGGCCAUUGAUAUUAUUAAGAGCUGUGGAGGCAUUGACAAGGCACGAGAGUUGGCAAAAUCGAAAGCUGAUUUAGCAGUCAAGAAUCUUCAGUGCCUACCCUCGAGUUCUUUCCGAUUCAGUCUUGAAGAAAUGGUGAAGAAUAGCUUAGAAAGAAUUAAAUAA